AUGAUUUAUCAUGCGUGCGACAUAGAGGGCGCCGUGGUAGCGACGCGAGACGAACCCAAGCUAGCUUGCUCUGGGAACAUUGCUUCGAGCUCCAUACAUUUUCUUCUGGUUCUCUACGUCUGCAGUUUGGUUGUGUACCAGUUCAAAAAUCAUUUCAAAAUUUUUGCCAUAAGGAAAAAAGUUAAAAUGACGGACAAGCCGAAGCGUCCUAUGUCAGCAUAUAUGCUUUGGCUCAAUAGCGCAAGAGAACAAAUAAAGGCCGAUAAUCCGGGUCUCAAAGUAACUGAAAUAGCUAAAAAAGGAGGUGAAAUAUGGAGAGGAAUGAAAGACAAAAGUGCUUGGGAGGAGAAGGCGGCCAAAGCUAAGGAACAGUACACAAAAGAUUUAGAGUCAUAUAAUGCUAAUGGAGGUGGUGGAGAAGGAGGUGGCAAGAAGGCACAAAAGAGAGGAAAGAAGGGCAAGAAGGCAGCACCAGCAAAGUCAAAGAAGAAGAAGGACGAAUCUGAGGAUGAAGAGGGUGGUGAGGAAGAAGAGGAGGAAAGCGAA